UCUUCAACAAAUGGGUUGGUCGUUUUCAUUCCCAUUGCAGAUAGAAGAGUACGGGAUAACAGAUACAUUUCAUAUCAAACAUUGAGCAAUUUUGUAUCUUUAAUUGUCUGAUCUCGUCAAAAUCUGACGGAGCGCAAUAAGCAUGUCAGAUCCGGAACUCGAAGUGUUGCGACAGCAACGACUGGCUCAAUUGCAGUCUCAGUACAAGAGUAACAAUGUCGACAAUAAGCAGGCAAUGGAAGAAAGAAUGCAGCAGAUGGAAGAUAUGAGGAAUUCUAUAUUAACUCAAGUGUUAGAUCAAUCGGCUAGAGCAAGACUGAAUACACUUUGCCUUGGAAAGCCAGAGAAGGGGAAAAUGGUGGAAGAAAUGCUUGUGAACAUGGCACAGCGCGGUCAAAUAGCUGGCAAACUUGGAGAAAAAGAACUGAUCAGUUUACUUGAGAGUGUGAGUCAGCAAACACAGAGAAAAACAACUGUCAAAUUUGAUAGAAGAAGAGCAGCCUUGGAUUCUGAUGAUGAUAUGGAGUUAUAGCAAUUGUGCAAGUUUUGUGUUUAAUAUUGCUGGAUGACCAGUGUAUUUUAGUACUUUCGAUUUCAAAAGGUUGCAGGUAAUCCUUUACAAUUAGGUUGCAUACUCUUAAGCUUAGUCAUAUAUCUUUAUUUUUAUUCAAUAUUCAAAUAAAAGUCAUAAAUAUUGAUUA